AUGGAAUGCAUUUGCAGGCAGAAGCGUGUCCGGCUGUUGUACGAGAAGAAGUGUGCACGGCUGAGGAGCCAGGGCGCCAAUGGUGCGGAGUCGUUCGCCAUCAAGAGGACCAAAGCUGCCAUCAGUGACCACCGGAUCAAGCUCAACAUCUCCCUCGCCUCCGUCAACGCCCUAUUCCAGAGGGUCGUCGCCGUCCAUGAUGAGCCCGCAGCUCGCCGAGCUCAUCCAAAUGCGGGCAAGGAUGUGGCGACUCAUCGGCAACAUGCACUAGGUGAUGUAGCGCAUAGCGGACUAGGCGAGCGUGCUCCUCUCGUUGUGGGCCAUAUGGUUGGAGGGAGGCAUCAAGGGCUCGCUGCUACCGGGGCGGACAAGCGCACAAUUUAUAUUGAUAUAUCUUAUUUUGCCAAACAGCAAGAUAUAUGCUCCUGA